CUGACACCAUGGCUUACCCUUGGGGCGUUUGGGGUACCAUUAAUAUAAAUCUCUGUUACGAUGCUUCAUUUAUGUCUGUUGUGAUGCUUCAUUUAUGUUCUUAGGUAACAUCGAAGAAGAUGAAUUCCAAAACAAAUUAUCUCUCAUUUACGGAUCUCAUCCUCACACAAACAGAUCAAACCGACCUGCCAUCUGGACCUCCGAAGUGUUCUGGUCAUUAUUACAGCUCCUACAUGAUCACCUUCAGUUGUCCUACGGAUGCUUUUUUGGAGACCCAUCCAAAUGCGAAGUAUGAGCUUUUCAUUCUUUUCUACCAUUCUAACUAUGAAGAUUCAAACUUCUCCCGCAAAGAAUCUUCAUAGAUAGACUUGUCGAAAAGUAUUCUUCCUUCAGAUUUUACGUCCAGUGGAUGUCACGGAUGAAGAAUACAUUGAAAUUCUUCGCAACGCUCACCUUAAGGCUUCUAGAAUUAUUUUUCUCACUGUGCAAAAAAACAAAAUUGUUUAUAGUACUGCUAUUUCACAUUCUAAAAAUCAGUCUCAAGGGACAGAUUUGAAGAUCAUGGGCAUCCGACGUGAGAAGGCACGAGAAACAGGACACUUGCAUCUCCAUGCUGCUGUAACUGCUGGGAAUUCCAAGAAGUUAAGGCUAUUCCAAUAUGUUAUCUCAUCUGCUUCCUCUUUUAUAGUCGUUCGCUCUAAAAUAAAGAUUCGGCUGGCAGCAAGCUUCCUCUUGGGCAAAGACUAACCAUGGAAUUUAUCUCCAUUACAGCAGUUGCAUGUUCCAAGCAGGCAUCCACUAUCUUUUUUACGCAAGCAGUAAAAAGCAUAGCUUUGAAUUCACGGACGAGAUGAAGAUGUAUUGGGCACCGGAGAUGGUCCCUUGCGAUCCAG